ACGGCGCAUGCACACCAACAGCAGCCUGGUUGGCAGUUGUUACAGGUUCUCGCCCACAGUCAUCGUGUUAUAACCCUCGUCAUCGUGGAUUUCUCAAUUGCGUCUGUGCUGUGUUUCCGACUCGACACACACGCCAUUGUGCGUUUUACAUACACGUGCAGUAUUUACAUUUUAUGAAAAUGGAGAGAAUACAGACCAGACCAAAGCAUAUAAAGACGAUACAUGAAUGUUGCGCGUGUGUUAGUUACCUAUAUAACGCGGGCGAACAGGUAUUUGGUGAAUGUCUUAUGUAAACAUUCAGAUUGAACAUAUCUAGUGAAUUUUACGUGAGUAUAUGUAUACAUGCUGCACAAGAGUUUAUCGCUGAUGAAAUAUUAACCGAUUAUUGUAGAUUAAUUAUAAUUAGGAUUUGCUUGAGAUGAAGAAAAUUAACCUGUGAUACAACGUUACGAGCAGUGAGAGAAGGACAUCCGAACAGAUAACCGAGAUAUUCAUUUCUGCGACUAUCAGUUUCGUCAGUACAAGACAUGGCGUCCAACAGCAACGAAUGGGCAGCGUUGCCACAGCGCAAGCGACCUGACAAAAGGACUCGUGAUAAUCAGUCUAAAGUACUGGCACAGCUGAAUGAAAUGUUUGAUACUACCUUUGGGGCUGAUAUCGUUGCUACUGUUGCUCAUCAUUUCCAGUAUAAGUUGGAACCCGCAAUAGAAACUUUAAUAACGUUGUCUUCACAACCAGCUAUUCAACCAAGUAACACGGACUUCCUGGAAACAUGUACUUCCGAAGAUGAUUUAUGGCAAACAGACGAGUUUCCACCAACAGAGAAUCCGUGGAUUGAAAGUGGAAUCAUCGACAACGAGGAAAAUGAAGAUUUGAAAAAGUACGAGGCGUUGAAAGACUCCGAUUCUCCACAAUCGAAUGAUCAAGAAGAAAAAGUUUAUGACGAUGACAAAGAUAGUUUAUCGCACCAGAUUAUUGGAGGUCAAGCGAGAAAAAUUGAAACUGCUUCGUUGUGUGGCUUGAAAGUGCAAUACAGACCAAAAGGGAUUGAUUACAAGUCAGAUGAUGAUGCUGAUGUGGUGAUCGAGGAUGAGGCCAGUGAUUAUAAGGUCGAUCCUGAACCUAUCAGUGUGUGCCAUUUCCUUGCGAACACCACGCAAUGCCCUCCGAAAAAUACUUUCCCAAAGGUCGAAUGUAUAAGCACGCCCUCACCACCGUGUACUCCACGUCAUCAAUUGCCUACUUUACCAUCCACAAAACCCUUAACAGCUUACGAGAAGGAUAUUCAACGUAUAGAGUCGGAUAUCGCUAAAGGCUGGAAAAUUCUCAUUAUCCUUCGCGGAUGUCCUGGCAGUGGUAAAACGUACUUGGCACAGAGCAUCGUCAAUCACACAAUGCACGGCGACUUUCAAAGUCAUAUUUUUAGCGCUGAUCAUUAUUUAUCGCGUAUAAAUGGCGGUGUAUAUGCGUUCGAUCCAAGCAAACUUCACGAUGCACAUGCUGAUUGUCAGAGUAAAGUUGCCAAUGCUGUCAGAUUAGGAAUUAGUCCUAUUAUAGUUGAUAAUACAAAUACACAAGCUUGGGAAAUGAAACCUUAUGCUUUAAUGGGGGUAGAUAAUGGCUACAUUAUAGAAACACUUGAGCCAGACACACCUUGGGCUCACGAUAUUUCCGAACUCGCAAAACGCAACCAACAUGGAGUACCGAAACUUAAGAUAAAAUUGAUGAUCAAUCGUUUCGAACGGAAUAUCAGUGGUGAUCGUUUAAUUCGUAUGUUCAAUCUUAGUUAUGCUCCAUACCAUCGACCACCACAGAUACGCAAAUUGCCGCCAUUGUCUGGAUUAAAAUCUACAACUCAUAUUCGGAAAGAAAACGCUUUGAGUACAAUAGCCAAAGAGUACUCGAAUUUGGAAACACUAUGUAACACCGACGUUAUACCCGAUCCCCUUCCAUGCUUCACAACAAUGCUGUCGAUCGAAGGAAACUCUUUCAAAGAGGACAAUCUUAUCGAAUUGGCUAAUCUUGGAGCUAUAGGUUCAGAAAGAAAGAUUCCAAAUUCCGAGGAAGUAAAUGCUGACCAAAACCCCGUCGAUAUGUCGAAACUUGGUGCAAUUGGUUCAGAGAAGAUUCAGAAAAUAUCAAAGGAGGAGGAAUCUAAGGAAAUUAUAACGAACUUGGUUGAAACUGAACCAUUGGCCAAGUUGUCACUUAAUAAAGACAAUAAAACAGAAGCGAAAAUGAGUAGAUCCGGAGAGUUUGACACAUGCCAGGAAGAAGAGGAUUAUUUCUUAGACGCUGAGGAGUUGGUGAGUCGUGACUCUGAAUCGAGCAAGAAUUCGGCGACACCUAGCGAUCACAGCACAGAUUUCGAGAAGGUUGACAUGAACGAUUUUGGUGGUAAUCCCGAGAAGAAAACCAACGAGAAGACGCUAAAAAAUGAAGUUGUGGUUGGUGGAUUAGGUAUGAUUUUUUCUUACAUCAAGAAUUCUUUCCUGGGUAAUGAAAAAGAAGAGUCAGUAUUAUCGCCGAAAGUUGAAAACGAAGAGACUGCAUCGAAAACUAACAACGAGCCCGUCGAAGAAGUGAAAAAAGAAAGCGAAGAAUUGACAACUAAUAUAUUACCAGUUGACGAGGAAGAACACGACACACUUUCUCAAAAACUAUCAAAUCACACUGCUUGUGACGUAAUUAAUAAGAAUUUAACUAUCAACGUGCAGCAGAAUAUCGACGUAGUUGAUGAGGCACGAAGUGACAAUGACAAAGUUGUUAAAGAAUUGUUAGAAGCCUGUUCGGAAUUCCAACUUAUCGAGAACCUUGAUUAUACUCUUAGACAAGAGGAAGAUGACGAUGAGAGUAUCAUCUCGGAGAAAAGUUUCGCACAAGAGUUGAAGAAUUUGCAAGAUUUCAUGAAAUCCAAAGAGAAUGAUGCCGGUGCGGCGAAAGAGUCCAUUGAUACUAUUCUCAAUGACAAGAAUAAUAUUCUUAAAGAACAGCAGAAUCACAACAGUCCUCCAGCAGAAGUGUUGAGCGAUGACAACGGUAACGCAGUUAACAAUAUCAACUUAAUCAGUUGGCACGAGUCACCAUUUCCCGUGGAAAAUGUACCGAAUUUGCUUAUCAACAUUGAAGAUGAAGCUCAAGUUAAAUCCGUAUUACAUGACAAGGAAACGUUCACGGACCCUUACGACUUCAAUGUCGCCUUUAUUGGUGCCGACGAUUUCAAGGUCAUUAAAGCACACAAUCGAAGUAUUAAUGAGGGGAACUUGACUGUAUUGGAUGACACGACGAAUUUGAGACGCAAAUUGAUGUUACACAAAGGCACGAUGACCAGGGACAGAGAUAUCGCACAUCUUCAAGCUAUUUUCAACCGUAAAGUCGAUCCCCAGCAGGAGUAUCGUGGCGAAGAGUUGGUGAAAAACUUCAGUCACAUCCCAAGUAAAUACGUUCUCGAAGUGUACGACAAUCUGUGCCAAAGGGACUUUGAUUGGGCAACUGAAUACCUGAUGCAGUUAAACUUCGAAGACGUUAAUAUGGCGAUGUCGAUGACCGAAUCUGAGAAGGAAAAAACACUCAUUGGUCUUGAGGAGAAAGUGAUUAAUUUGCCCGAGGAUGGAACUGCACAAGAAGUCAAGCCAACACCGAAGCAAUUUACAAACAGUUCUGAAUCAACGACCAAAGUUCCACAAAAACAAUCACGCAAAUCUCGUAAGUAUCGAGACAAAAACUUCAAGUCCCAGAAGUUAGAGGAGUUACAGCGCGAGUUACAAGAGAAAUUCGUGCUAAGUAAAGAUUCAUACCCAUCGCACACUUUACGUGUAAAACGUUGGAAGAAUCGGGAUUUUUCGCCAAAAAGGCAACCAGAGCAGAAUCUUAUAAGUUUCGAUAAUAACCAACCCAAACUUGACGAAAUAACGAGAUUUGAACAUCCUGCUGCUAUGGACAAUGAUCAAGAAACAACUUCCGAAGAAACAACUUCCGAGGAAGAUUCUAGCGAAGAAAUAAUGGAGUUGAAACUCGGCUAUGAAUUUAUUAGAACUCUCGAGGCUGAGUUUGGUAAGCCAACCUUUCCAAAAUCAGAUGGCUUGUUUCCCGUGAUAAAGAUCAGAAAGUCUAUGGCACAGGAGCUAUAUGCCUUGUGGAUUGACAGCAUGCAGCAACAAUUGUGGACUAUGCAAAAGCAAUUAGAUGGGAUGAUCGCUAGAGAUGCAGAUUUCGCGAGAAAAUUAGAAGCUGAACAAGAUGAGGAAGUGCAAAAGGCUAUAGCAAUUAGUGAACCAGAAGUACCAAAUUUUAAAGAAAUCAUGGACAUGGAAAUGGCUCUAGCAGCUUAUCUAAAAAACCCGAAAAAAGAUUGCAAAAGUGCAUCUCUCAAACAAAUGGAAGUCACGUUAACGAGAGACACUUUGGUUGAAAUGUUCCCCGACUGCGAUCGAGAUAUGAUAAAUGACAUUUACACGGCUCACAAUUGCAAUUUUAGUGAGACGGUAACAGUCAUCAAAGAAAAUUGUUUUACUACGUGUAAACUGACGAUGGCUGAUAUACUGAAAAAGCGGAAACACCUUUUUGAUGAGGUACAAAAGGAACGAGACUAUCAAAAAUCCCAACAUAACGAUAAGGAAAGUAAAGAUGUAGACGAAGCUCGUGGUGAUAUGUAUGAAUCAUACCGAUCUAUGUCUUAUGAAGAUGCUAUGAAAAAAGCUCGCGAAUCAAGAUCCGAAGCUCAAUAUCAGUUAAUACUUCGAAAUGAGAACUAUAGAAAAGCAAAUGAACAUUACCGGAAAAAGAACCCACAAGUUGCUGCUUACUACUCUGAUGUCGCAAAAUUACACAUUCGAAACAUGGAAGCCGCAAAUUCAGCAGCAGCCUCAGCCAUUCUCGCAGCUCAAACUGGUGUGCUCGACGUCAAAAACACCAUCGAUUUACACUAUUUACAUGUCUCCGAAGCGAAAGUGGUCUUGCAGAUUUUCCUGGAUCGUCAGCUAAGCCAAUUGUCUCCUGGUGGGCGUAAAAUUAUUUUUAUUAUAACAGGAAGGGGAUUAAGAAGCGUUAAUGGUCAGAGUAAAAUCAAGCCUGCCAUCGCCAAAGAAUUAAAUCACAAAAGGUUUAGAUUCACAGAAGUAAAUCCUGGUAUGUUAAAAGUGGUUCUAAAGAAGAAGUGAUUACCAUCGUUAAAAUAGUUUAUUAUAUUUAUAAAUUUAUUUUAUUAAUUGACAAAAGCAAUGCUUGUUUAAUGUCAUUGCAUUAAGGUUAUAGCAUACUCGACAUACUAGUAUAUUACUUACAUUUUUAUGUAAAUGAAAUUUUUAUUUAACGGAUCACUAUUUUAUCGAUAACACAUGAUCUUUAGGAAUAAUUUUGCAUCAAAAAUAAGGAACGUUUUGCAUCAAAAAUAAGAAUUAAUUAUUAAAUUGUUCGAUUUUUAGAACAGAAUCGUUUCAUUUUCCUGUGUUAGUUGUAGUUAAGACCUCCUGGUCGAUGGUCUGCCUUUUUUAUAGUCGCUGAUUUUGUUAAAUUAUUUGUCUAACAAAUGGGAAUCAUUAUCAAAAAGUAUUACGUAGUUGUUUCUUCAGAAAUGUCAAUUUUUAUGGACUAGGAAAACAUUAGGAAAGAAAAACGAUUAUUACAUAUUUUAGUUUUAUAUCAAUAGUAAUGGAAUGAACUCAAAUAAAAUAAAAGUAAAAAAUUUAUUUAUAAAAUUAUAUAAAAACAAGAGAAAUUACACAAAAAAGAUUAAAACUUGAGUAUUCUAUAUCCUUAAUUCUUACAUAAUUAUUUUAAACACUUCGAUUGAUUUUAUGUCAUGUUUUAUUCCUCGUUAAUUUGCAUUGUUAAAAUAAACAAGGUGAAGUGAUAUAUAUUUAUAUAUAUACAAGCACGAAGAUAGUUAAACAGUGUCUGCAAUACACAUUUGUUCUACUUUUUCUCUUUUUAAAACGUAAUCAAAGAAGCUGCCUCUAAUAGAUACAUAUAUAUAUACUAUAUAUUUUUUAUGAUCACUGACUGCCAUUGACGAUUUUUGACCACAUUGUUACUCUAAUUUUCACUAUUCUGACAUGAGCAUACUACAUAUUCACUAAUUUUGUUCUUUAGACAUAAUAUAGAUAUAUAAGAGUUCAUCGAAAAUUUUUCUAUUACAAAAUGUAUUGUCAUUUUUUUAUGUAAAAGAUAUAAAUAUAUGCGUUUGUACAA